AUGCAGAUAUGCCCGAAUUGCAACAUGGAUGUGCUAAAUACCCCGGAGUCCCCAUCUACAUCACCCAUCGCCUCGCUCUUGACCACCAACAACCCUCCAGAACCGCGCGAAGCAGCCAUCGCACACCAGAUCAUCACAUCUUCCAAGACACAGACCGCACAAAUAACCCGGCUAAUCGAAAAAGUGUAUAGCAUUCUGGAUGGCUUGACAUCUCGUCGUGAAGAAUAUGAACGCAACACAUUUCUGCACCAAAACGUUGUUCGCAACAUCCGUCGUAUCCCACCCGACGUCUUGUUGGAGAUCUUCUCCCAUACCAUCGUCGAUGGCGAUCCUAACGACAUAUGGGCAGUAGUUGAAGUUUGUCGGCGCUGGCGUGAGGUAGCCUUUUCCACGCCUACACUUUGGUCUACCUUUCCUAUCCACAAGGGUACGUCAGCCGCCAGCAUCCUAUCACGUCUUUCAAGGUCACUCCAGCUUUCGCAUUCGACUCCGUUCAAGCUGAGCAUCUCCUAUGGAGUACCCUAUCCAAUCUGUCCACUUCAAGUCGUAGCGUCCCCUCACUUGAAACGAGUCACCCACCUUACCGUCGGCAACUUUCCACGAUCCAACGAAUCGACAUUCUUUGCACCUUCGAAUCCCAGACUCGUCCAGUGGACCGCUCUCAGGUCACUGCACCUCCAAUUUGCGGAUACCGAGUCUCCAGAAGCCUCCCGAAUUACUGUAUUUCAGCAUGCGCCUCUUCUCCAAGACGUCGACUUCAAUUUGACCGAUCGGUGGAGGAUCCUUUUUGGCAUAGGCAACAUCCUUCUCCCCUGGUCUCAAUUGCGCAAGUUCUCCGCCUCAAAUGUUACUCUCGAUGGUGUCUUCACCGUCCUUCGGGCAGCGUCAGUGUUGGACGAAUGCUACCUAGAUUUCACUGAGACAUCCAUGCCUUCCAAUAUUGGCAGUCUCUCCCACCAAUCUCUGACGACGCUUCAUGUUACGUUGCGUGAUGAACAGGUCGCACACGAACUCUUUAACCGCCUCACUGUACCGUUGCUCCGCAAGCUCUCCGUGGAUGUACCCGCUCUGGACACCGCCGCUGUUUGCGACCUCAUCGAGCGGUCGUCUUGCGGACUCACCUUUUUAAGUGCCCCGAUGGCCCAUUUCCGGGAAUCUGACGACCUAUCCACCCCACUUCGCCGUCUCUUCUCACUUCUCCCGGACGUGACCGAGCUCUGUAUCCCUUUCUCUUUCGCAUCCUUUAAGGGAGUUCGGGCCAGGCUAGUACUUUCGCUCCCCCAGUUACGCCAUCUCUCUCUCAAAGUCACCGACUCACUAGAAAUGGCUAUCCCGGAUUUGAUAGCACUUCGCUGUCUCGUGUACGCGAAUGUUCCCCCUCUUGAAACGAUCAUAUUUACCAGUGAGAAGUGCCACCUUUACGGAUUGGCGCCUCCUUCGCCGCAUUACGGCGGCCCUCAAGCGCAAAGCCUCCAGCGAUGGGACCAUGAGCUGGGAGAGCUGAGCCAUUUUGUGAAAGUCGGUGCUGUGAAGGACGACACGGGGUUCCACCGUGAUCUUGAUCGUAUAUUGUCCCUCAUUAGUGCUGAAUCCGAGUCGGGUAUUUCUGGUGAAUGCCUUUGCCUCACCGAGGGUCAGAACGUCGUCUCCAAGCUCCAGGAGCUAUUGGGGCAACUACCCGUUAGCCUUAGCCUGCAACGCGGGCGUAUUUCCGCGAUUCUGGCUCUGUGGUUACCUCGCAUUAAGGAAUAUCUCGCAUCGUUUGGGUGGAUUGAGAACAGCCUGGCUAAGACUCUGGUGUAUACACAACGACAGGGCUUACUUUCCGUCAAGGUUCGGGAUCGGAAGAAGGACCGCUUCGCCUCGUUCGCACUACAAGAUGGAUACCUCACACUCUACACCAAAGGUGAUGUGCUUGAGUAA